UCGUCAAGGGAGGACGUAGCCGCCUUUUCGAUUUUACGUUUUCAACGUGGUUGAGCUUUCCACUGUAGUAUCGUUAUGACGUCGUAAACUCCAACACGCCGUAAAAACUUUCUCAAUAGAAUAGUUCACUCGUGCAUGCAGGAUGUUCAUAAUUCAAGUGGAUAUGACUGCCAAAUUAGCAUUUGUUCUUUUGAUAGUUUACGGAUUUUUCUCAACAAACUGUGCCGGAGCGGUGGCGAGCUCGGAACGUGAAUAUCAGCUUAACGAUACCAGUGCAGAGUCUAAAGAUCUUCCGUCUGGCUAUCUAGAUACCACAGAGCAACCAGGCCCACCUGACUCUCACGAAGCUAUGAACAAUAGAGAGUUCAUUCAGCAAAGAAGGGUGAAGCGGAGUUUUGAGUUUCUGGUUGGGCUUAUUAACAACAAUUCAAAAUAUGAAGUUAUCAAACCCAAACCAACGCUAACUCGAGCUAAAGAAAUGGAAAAGAAAACAGACGUUGCUAUCCCGGAUGCAACCACACUUCUGUUGGAGCUCUUGUCCAAGAUAGUUACGUAUCCAGACCGGUGGAGGAAAGUUCAUGAAAUGUUAAGAACUUUGGAUGAAGACUUGAACAGUUCGCACAACAUUUUAAGAAAUCAUCAACUUCAACAAAAACUUAGACCCGAAAUCAGUGACAUGAAAAGAAACUAUAAUGUGGCUCACAGUAAAUGGAAAGAAGAUAGUGCAGAGACAACGACCCACAAAUGGCCAACAUUUGACGAUAUCCAAGACACAACCAGUAGGGGCAUAGAGAAAAUUGAGACGACACAUAAAAAGGACGAAAAAUACAACGACAAAACAUAUCAGAAGAAUUUUGCAUAUCACAAAGUAACAGGUAAACCAACGCAUUUAAAAAAAAAUCCGACGGCUUACAUAGCAGUGUCGGCGAUAUCUCCGAAACCAUCAGAAUCCGAAGAGGACUUUCUAUUGGAAACUGAAUUACAUCAACUGAAACCUUGGAAAAAUAAACAUUUUGGGAACACAGUCUAAAAGAGUUUAUCAUAAUAUGUGUUGCUCCGUGUUUUUUAGACAUAGAUAAAGUACGAAAGGAGGUUUAUUACAAAAUAUUCAAUUGCCAACAUAUUCAUUUAACUAUGCAUUUACCGAUGGGCCAUUACAAUUCCGAUUCAAAAUCAGUUCCUAAACCAACAAUUUCUAAUAAGCCUCCAACGAAAUGUGUAGACGCUGUUGUAGAAAAAGAUCCUAUAUUUUUUAAUAUUGAAAAUACUCAUAGUAUUUUUGUAUCACCCGGUAGUAAUUUAGGUGUUAGAACAAAAAGGGCGUCAAACUGUCGCUCGGCGAGCUUGUACGGCGACGGUUUUUACAAAAUGCGAGAGACGAGCUUUGUUUCGAAAUAACUGGAAAGCAACAUUACAUUAAGCCGGACAAUAGCAGCUAAAUUUCCUACUUCAAAAGCUUUGUCUGUUCUCUCGCGUCUGUUGGCGAAUUAAAUUUAUUUAGUACCAAUGUUAAAAUGAAAGAGUGGGUGUCCAUUUGAAGCUCUGGAACAAAGUAGCAGUUGAAAUGGGAAUUUCUUAUUUGGCCACCUUCAUUAUUCAUUUUCCAGUUGAGUAAUGUUUGAAUGCGACCACAUCACCAAUAUUUUGAAAGUUGAUAACACUACUUAAAACUUGUUAUUUGCUGUUCAGUUAAAUUUUGCCUUUAUAAAUUAUCUGAGAUUAAAAGACUUAAAACAGCAAAUCGGAAAAAUGAUGGAAAGGAAAUUCGAAUGCAUAUUAUUCAGUUUACUAGCUUAUGUACGGGCGUUAAAUCAUAUUAAUUAUAUAAAAUGAUAUCCAGACAGUUAUAGCCAUUAAUUCUUUAAGGAUACAAGUAUAGAUAUUUGGGUAUGUCAAGCAAGCACUCAAAGGACCAUUUUCCUCAUUUCAGUCGUCAUCAACUUGGCUUAGCUUGCAAAUAACAUAUCUAGCAAGCUUUUAAAACUGCGUAAUGUCAAUACAUUUAUUUUUGUUUUCAUGUUUGAGCAUUUAUGCUCCUACUUACAGCCCUAUACUUAGCAAUUUCUGUUUGUUUAUGGCCAAACACAGCAGGCGAAUGAUCUUGUAAGUACAUAUAUAGGGUGAACAGUACCAUGCUAGCAAAAAAUACGGAAUCCUUAUGGACAUUAUUACGCUGAUCAUAUGGGGGCAUUCAUAAUUAUUUACCUUACAUCGACUUGUUUGCGUGAGUAACUGCUUGCACUAAAUAAAUUAGGAAUCAGUUUCUAAAUAACCAGUCAAGAAAAUCAAAGGAAACAUUCAGGUAUCUACUACCAACCUACCUACCAAACUAACCCAAACCAACAAUCGUUUAAAAACAAAAAAGAUACAAGAAAACCUACAUAAAUAAUCAUCUACAACUUACAAAAUUAAUAUUAUUAAACUGUUCCACUUUUAGUCAGUUUUGAAUAUUACUCAACAGCAAAAGCACCGUUUCAAUAACACAAUUUUAAACUUGAACAAGUUGUGCAAUUAAAAUCUGAAAAAGAAAUACUGAUUUUCGUGUACCUAUGUAUGUAUGUAUGUAUGUGUUCGAAAGUUCCUGUUAUGGCUGCUACCCAAAUGCGGGUCUUUUCUUCAAAGGAAAUAAAACGUGAUUAAAUUCAUAUCAGCAAACCGUUUUGAUUCAAUAAUUGGAAGGAUGGAUUGUGUGUGAAAUGCAUGGAAAGUACAUAUUCAGAAUGGAUUCAUGUAAUUGAUUUCAAUUAGUAACUGUGUAUAUAUCAAGUAAUGUACAUUUUUGUAUAUUAGAAAGUAGAUAGAUUAAAAUAUAGCGAUCUGUGAAAUAUGUUAAUUUAGUACUUACGCUGUAACUCAAAUCGGAAUUCAUUUCGCACCUUGUGGCAUAGCAGAACGCAUUGUAAUACUUGUAAAAAUAAACCUUUUAAUUGAAGUUGCAAUACAGUGUAACGCUUGGUAUAAUUCUAUGCCUUAUAGGAAAUAGCGUGAACCUUUACAACUCAUGUGCAUUUUAAGAUAUACUUUUUAAAUAAUUGAUGCUCCGUAGAAAAUGAAUUAUCAGCAAAUGUCAUGUUUGUGUUUGUGCAAAUGCCCGUUUGCUUAAAAAGUAAUUUGCAGUUGUAAGCGAUAGCCGAUUUACAAUUUUAACGAGUGUAAUUUGUGUUCUGAAGUAAUGUAAACAACUGUUGUAAACCAACCACUUUAGAGAGAUGUACCUAUGUAGACUCUAAACUUUGAUUAUACCAGUUUUGUAAAUAAAGAACAUUUUAAGAAA